AUGAUUCGUGAUAUCAUUGUUCUCUAUACUCCGCAUGACACUGUUCGAACGCAAGCUUUACAAAAGAUUGACCCAGAGUUAAAAGAUGUGUUGGAUAUAGCCACUGCAUACGAGACAACACAAAAAACAUUUUCGGCGAUCAAAGAGAACAAUAAUGAGAUGGAGGUAAAUGCAUUAUCGACCUCAAAGGGAUGUUCUCAGUCGCACACACAAUCUGAUUCAGCGAGAAAAUCUUGUCCCAGCUGUUUUGUGAAUCAUCAGAGAAGCGAUUGUCGUCACAACAAAACUGUUUGCCAUAAAAGCAAAAAAAUUGGGCAUAUAGCAGCUGUUUGUUUGAUGAGUGCGAACGAUGGGAAUGCUAGUACGGUAAAUUCAAAACGAAACAAAAAGCACAAGUCAAACAGAAGAGACAAAAUAAAAUCAAGCGGUAAAUAUACAGCUAAUUCAAUUGAACAAAUUCAUUUUAGUGAAGUCGUUGCGUCACAUGAAUGUGCGAUGGUGAAAGCUGAAUCAAGGCCGUGGAUUAUGGUGGAUGUCGUUGUCAACGGGUGCCCGAUGAGAUUCCAGGUUGACACGGGGGCAUCUUGUUCGCUAGUUGGAUUAGAGGGAUUCCAGAAAUUGGGGCAACCAAAGUGCUGUGCUACAACCAAGUCUCUCCAAGCAUACGGUGGAACACCACUAAGGUUAAAAGGAGAACUGGCUGUGCAGGUGACAUACAAAAAUUCCACACAUAAUAUGAAUUUGCUCGUAGUUGAUGGCUCUGGUGCGAACAUAUUGGGACUAGAUUGGUUUAAAGCUUUCAGCUUAAAGGUUCAACACUCUAUUUUACAAAUUAAAUCUAAUGAUUUUCUUCUCAACAGCAUUGAGACGUUAUGCAAGAAGUACGGUAGACUUUUUUCAUCGGGGCUAGGCAAGUGCACAUCCUUUCAAGCUCACUUGGAAUUAAAGGAGGGUGCAGUGCCAAAGUUUGUACGUCAUCGCUUGGUAGCCGAGGGAAUUUUGUCCUGGGUUCAGCGCACUCAAUGGGCCGCACCGGUGGUGAUCGUCGAGAAGGCUAAUGGUGGGAUACGGAUUUGUGGUGAUUUUAAAACAACGGUGAAUCCACAAAUCGUAUGCAAUCGUCAUCCACUUCCUCGACCCCGAGAUUUAUUUCACAAGCUUCGUGGAGGAAAAGUAUUCAGUAAAAUCGAUCUAUCGGAAGCUUAUCUUCAGAUUGAACUGGACGAAUCUUCGAGAGAUUAUGUGGUGAUCAACACACCUUUUGGUCUCUUACGGUUCAAUCGGUUGCCGUACGGGAUAAGCAGCGCACCAGGCGAGUUCCAAGGUGUAAUGGAACAAAUCUUUGCGGACCUGCCUGUGGGUAUUUAUAUUGAUGAUAUAGUCAUCGCUGGCACAUCGGAAGAGGAGCAUCUGCAAAUUUUGGAAGAAGUUCUAAAGAGAUUGGAAGCAAAUGGAUUUCGAUGCGUGGCAGGUCCAUUAAAUUCACUUCGUGCCAAUGGAGUUAAAUUUGUGUGGUCUGAGCAACAACAAAUAGCGUUUGAGAGUUUGAAGGACAGCAUCCUAAAAGCAACUGGGCUGGCGCAUUUUGAUGUGUCUCUCCCCAUUAUUUUGGCAACAGAUGCCUCAAGUUAUGGCAUUGGCGCAGUCAUUUCCCAUCGGUUUCCAGAUGGUUCGGAGCGGCCGAUUGCAUUUGCCUCCAAGACUUUGGACUGCCAUCAGAAACUCUAUAGUCAAAUAGAGAAGGAGGCGUUGUCGAUUAUUUUCGGGGUCAAAAAAUUUCAUUGUUACCUGUAUGGCCGUAUUUUCGAGCUGCAGACGGAUCACAAGCCUCUAACGGCGAUAUUCAACCCGAGUAAGCAGAUUCCCGAAAUGACUAUGCGACGUCUUCGGAACUGGGCGUAUAUUUUGAUGGCUUACAGAUACCAAAUAAAGUAUCGACCUACAGCGAAACAUGCCAACGCAGACGCUUUGUCACGACUUCCGAUUGGGCCAGAUGUGUCUUUCGACGAACAAGAUAAUAAUUUGCAUAAAGUAAACACUUUAAUUCUGGAAGAUUUAGACACCACUGCAAUAAAUGCAACAGUCAUUGGAAAUCUCACUAAGAAUGAUAAAUUAUUAAAUAAAGUUUCUUCGUACAUCAAGAAAGGGUGGCCGGUUAAACUGGCGAGCAACGAAAAGGAGCUGAAACCAUUUUUCGAACAUUAUGAUCGUGUCAUUAUUCCGGAAGCUCUGCAGUCCAGAGCAUUGAAAUAUAUUCAUGAAGGUCAUUGGGGCUGUUCACGUAUGAAGCAGUUAGCAAGGCGACAAAACAAUGAUGAGAGUUCAUCUGAAAAUAUGGAAAUUGAACCGAAGCAGGAAUCAUUUGAACAAGUCACACAACCAACUUCAGAAGUGCACCAGCACGCUUCCAAUCAUGCGGAUAUGGAUUCACCAGCUGGUCCACUCGAACUAAGAAGAUCCAAACGACCUAAAAAGGCUCCUGUACGGUUCCCUCAAGGAUGCUAA